AUGGUUUGCUCGAUGUGUGGAUUGGUUGUUGCUGAUAGAGUAAUUGACGUCGGGUCUGAAUGGCGCACGUUUUCUAAUGAUGCCAAUGCCAAAGAUAUGUGUCGAGUAGGAGCUAGUGAAAACUUCUUGUUAGAUGGGGGUGAUCUUUCAACUAUGAUCAGUGGUCCAUCACCUUCUGACUCGCGACAACUUGAUGAGCAUGGGAAGCCAAUGUAUCGAAACCGUCGCAAUAUAUCUGCGCCUGAUAGGGUACUUUUGAGUGCGUUCAGAGAAAUCAGUCAAAUGGGCGAACAUCUAAAUCUCCCCAAAAGCAUAUCAGACCAUGCUAACUUGCUGUUCAAACAAGUCCAUGAGACUAAAAAUCUUCGAGGUCGCAGUAAUGAUGCCGUCUCAACUGCUUGUCUCUACAUGGCCUGUCGUCAAGAGGGUGUCCCUCGGACUUUCAAAGAAGUAUGCGCUGUGUCACGAGUAUCAAAGAAAGAAAUAGGAAAAGUUUUUAAAAAGAUUCUAAAAAUACUUGAGACAAAUGUACAAUCGGUUACAGUUGAAGACUUCAUGUCUAGAUUCUGUGGUAAUCUCAAUUUGAACAUUACUGUUCAAAGAGUUGCAAAUGUGGUUGCUAGAAGAGCUCUUAACUUAAAUUUAGUUGCUGGUCGUAGCCCAGUUUCGGUAGCAGCCGCAGCCAUUUACAUGGCAGCUUAUGCAUUAGGUUUUCGUAAAGAAAAACGAGAAAUUGGUGAUGUGGCGGGAUGCGCUGAGGCUACUAUCACAUGUACUUAUCGUGCAAUGCACUCAAGAGCCAGUGAACUAUUUCCUGAAGAUGUUAGACUUGCCAUAAGACCAGAUGAAUUACCACUGUGA